UAAAUACACAUAUGAUUUCUAGAAUCUUUUUGGCUCCAUAAGUCCCAAUGUCAAAACCUCAUAAUAUAGCAUCCAUCUUAUCUCAUCUUAUCCAAAUAAAUCAAAAACACACACAUCAAGAUAUCACAUAUUAUUGUCACUCCAUAACACAAACACAAAAUUACUCACUUUGAAAAAUAACAACAUUUUUUCAUUAGUUACCAAGAAUGUCAGAGGAGGAUCUUAACACUAUGAGGAGAAGAGUGGCAUCAGUUGCAAAUCAUUUAUUGCCAAUCCCUUUAGCUCAAAAUGUUGUUUCUUCAAUUGGGUUUUCCAAUUGUAGCUCUUCUUCUAUGAAUGAUAAUUACCAUAAAAUUCAUGGUGAAGUCCCAAAUCAUGAACCUGUUUGGAGACUUACUCCUUCUGAUGAUGAAUCUGGCAAGGACUUUACUGAUAUCAUAUAUGAGAAAGCUGUUGGUGAACCCAUUGCUAAGAUAACCAUCAAUAGACCGGAUAGAAGAAAUGCUUUCCGACCUCACACCAUCAAGGAGCUUAUUCGCGCAUUUAAUGAUGCCAGGGAUGAUGGUUCAGUGGGAGUCAUCAUCCUCACAGGGAAGGGUACAAAGGCGUUUUGUAGUGGUGGUGAUCAGGCAUUGAGAAGUAAGGAUGGUUAUGCUGAUUUUGAAAGUUUUGGUCGCCUUAAUGUUUUAGAUUUACAGGUGCAAAUUCGUCGUCUACCAAAACCAGUAAUUGCAAUGGUUGCAGGUUACGCUGUUGGUGGAGGACACAUUUUACAUAUGGUUUGCGAUCUAACGAUUGCAGCAGACAAUGCUAUAUUUGGUCAGACUGGCCCAAAGGUAGGAAGUUUCGAUGCUGGUUAUGGAAGUUCAAUUAUGUCCCGUCUGGUUGGACCAAAGAAAGCUCGUGAAAUGUGGUUUUUAACAAGGUUCUACACAGCUUCUGAAGCAGAGAAAAUGGGACUUGUGAAUACUGUUGUUCCAUUAGAUAAGUUGGAAUCAGAAACAAUCAAGUGGUGCAGAGAGAUCUUAAGAAAUAGUCCUACAGCGAUACGAGUGCUAAAAUCAGCUCUGAAUGCAGUUGAUGAUGGACAUGCUGGACUUCAGGGCCUUGGAGGAGAUGCCACUCUUCUAUUUUAUGGAACUGAAGAAGGCAAUGAAGGCAAAAAUGCAUACAACGAACGUAGACCACCAGAUUUCUCUAAGUUUCCCAGGCUACCUUGAGUUUCGUUGUUGUUGUUUGUGCAUUCAAAAUAAUAAAAUUUUGUCAAGCAGAGCCACAAAUUCAUAUAGUCAACCUCAACUUGCUCGGGAUUAAGGGGUAAUAGUCGUAUCGAAAUGUUGUAACUGUAAUAAUAUUGUUGUUAUUUGACUUUUCUUUUUGGUCCAACCGUAAUUCAACAUGAAGAGUUGAAAAGUUUAAUACUUCUCCAUAGAAGCUUCGGAUUUGAGAAUAUAAGUUGUACCACUUGUCAAUGUGACUGCCUGAAUCUUAUAGUAUGCCAUAUCCACUAACCCAAUUAAUCCA